AUGGACUAUGCUUUUCCAGAGAAAUAUUUCAAGGUGGCACGCUAUUUUGAUUAUGAAUUCGGUGACCUUGAGACGACCACCAAGCUUGAAGACCAACAAAAGCUAAUACUCUAUGCGUUACGGAAGCAGGCAGAACAUGGUUCCUGUACUGAGACAGCGCCAUCCAUUUGGAGAACACGUGAACGCCUAAAGCACACGGCAUGGUCACAGUUAGGUAACAUGUCGAAGUUUGAGGCCAUGGUGCAUUUUGUAAAAUUAGUUGAGGAACAUCUGGGAGGUGAUGUGAAUUGGAUAGAGAGAUGUAGUGUAUUAGGUGAUGAUAAGUCUCAGACAAGCACGGAGAAUGUGAGCAACGAAGCAACCACUGCAGAUAAAAGUGUAUGGGACGAUGACCUACGUGAACACAUGGAGCCAACACCUUCAAACAUAAAAUACUUGGCAUCAGAGGUGAUGCGACUUCGAGACGAGGUUCGUCAGCUGCGCUUGUGUGUGGCUGAACGAGAUACAAAAAAUGCUAAUAUCUCAACUAUAGUACCACCACGCAUCCGAAUCCCUAUGGGUGAGGUGAAACUUGCACAGCAAACAACAUUAGUGCCACCCGAAAAACCAGUAGCAUACAACAAAAAUAAAAAUAAUAACUCUCUUGUACCCCCUGUUCGUUCCUCGCCACUCGACAUGACAGAGGCGGCAGUGAAGAGCGGACGGGUGAUGACAAUGGGCCCACGCCCACGAGUCAUUGGAUGGGCAGAGUGGCUUGGACUCAGCUAG